AUGGGGGUCGGAUUCGUUAAUGAUAUUGGUUUUGCGAGUGAUGUGCUCAAGGAGUUAGUGUCUCUAGAUUCGUUUGAGUUUGUUUUAUCGGCUGCCAAUAUGUUUUGGGAAUUCUUCAGUUAUCUGUUUUCUGAUUGGUGGUGGUUGUCUAGUGGUCUGUACUUUCGUGGGCGAUUUCUGUCUCUUGUUUCGGUGAUGCUGUGGUUUGAUCGUGUGCUAUUGCUAGGAGAAGGCGAUAAUUGUGGCCAGUUUAACAGAAGGGGGCUGGGGUUUGGUGUGUAUGUUUUAAGAGUUUAUGUGUUCUAUGUUCCUACCACCUCAAGAUGCCAUUUAACGCCCAACAAUUCAUCUUUCGAAACUAUAUACCAGCGUGCUAAUAACCUUCGAAUAGUCUUGUCUACAACUUCGAGACUGCGGGCCAUUAUAACCGCCCUGCAUCCAUCCCAUGCUCAAGCCACCGUCGUUUGCGCCAAGCGUCAUGGUUUUCAAAAUAGCCGAGAAAGCAAUGUCCAUGGGUUCCCAUCUGGUUAUUGCACCACUCUUGGCAUUGGUGGACACUUUAGUGGAGGUGGCUAUGGGUUUCUUAUUAGAAAAUACGGGCUCUCCAUCGAUAAUGUCAUCGAUGCACAGUUGAUUGAUGCCAAUGGAAGGAUCCUAACCGUGAAUCAAUGGGAGAGAUGUGUUUUGGGCGAUAAGAGGAGUGGAACAACCAGCUUUGGGAUCAUCCUUUCAUGGAGGGUCAAGCUGGUUCGUGUUCCACCUAGGGUUACAGUAUUCACCGUGCAAAGGACAUUGGAGCAAGGCGCAACGGAGCUGUUUAUCGUUGGCAACAAGUUGCACCAAAACUGCCAAAAAGAUCUUUAUAUUCGACUCCAGCCUCAGCCCAUUAACAAUGGCCGCAACAACAGAACCGUUAGGGUUUCAUUCAAGGGUCACUUUCUAGGGAAAACUAAUAGACUUAUGCGAUUGAUGAGCCACAAGCUUUCCCGAAUUGGGUUACAACGAAGUGAUUGUUUAGAGAUGAGUUGGGUCGAAUCCACCGUAUGGGCUGAAUUCCCCAAUGGAACUACCACCGAUGUGUUGCUGGAUAGAGUGCAGGUGAACCGAUCAUUUGGCAAGAGCAAGUCGGAUUAUUACAAAGCAGUGAUUCCUAAACAAGGGUUGGAGAAGUUAUGGGAGGCAAUGAUGGACACUGAAGACAUCUUCCUCCUAAUGAACCCUUAUGGCGGGAGAAUGGAAGAGAUUUCGGACACAGAAACUGCUUUUGCGCACCGCGGCGGUAACCUUUUCAUGGUGCUAUAUGAAGUGACAUGGUCCGAGUCAGACGGAGGCAUAGACGCCGCUGCACGAUACGUCGAGUUGUCGAGGAGGUUGUACCGAACAAUGGCACCAUACCGUCGAGAAAACCAAGAGAAGCAUUCGUCAACUACCGAGAUCUCGACAUCGGUAGCAACGAGAGCAACGAGACGGAUUUCGAGAAUGCCAAGGAAUAUGGGCAAAAUAUUUCGUGAACAAUUUCAUGAGCUGACGAGAGUGAAACUAAGAUAG